AGCAAUCUGUUUGUUACAGCAUACGCUGGAGUUUGGGUUUCCACUCUAUUUUAUCGAGUUUUUCCCAAUCUGAUUUUUUCGAAUUAUUUUAAUGAUAAAUAAAGCAAAAUCGUGGAUGGGAGUUUGGUUGAGCUUUUUUAAUUUAAAAAAAUUAGAUAAAAUCGGAUCUUAGAAAGUAACCCCAUAGAUAAAUGGAGAGAGAGAGCAUUACAUGUGUCUGAAUGCUUUGUAAACUACUAUUCCUACCAUUUCCCAGCUUUUAAGGCAAAUGUCUGGAAGAAUAAAGGCAAAGCACUGUGGAACAUGAGGAGAACAGAAGAAAAAACAGAGCAUCUACUGUUUGUGAAGAACCGGCAGUAACCAGGUUAAGCUCCGAGAAACAGAUCGGCAAUGGCAGGAUAUGGAAAUCUUACACUUAAUGACAGUUCAACUGAAGAAAACUGUACAUUAGACCAUACAAUUCACCAAACCCUGUUCCCUGUGGUCUAUAUUACUGUGUUAAUUGUUGGUCUUCCUGCAAACUGCUUGUCUUUGUACUAUGGCUAUUUACAAAUCAAGGCAAAGAAUGAACUUGGCAUAUACCUGUGCAACCUUACUGUCGCUGACCUCCUUUAUAUUUUCUCUCUGCCUUUCUGGAUCCAGUAUGUGUUGCAGCAUGAUAACUGGACCUACAAUGAAAUGAUGUGCAAGAUCUGUGGCAUCCUGCUGUAUGAGAACAUCUACAUUAGUAUCGCAUUCCUCUGCUGCAUCUCGGUUGACCGCUACCUUGCCUUGGUGCACCCGUUUAGGUUCUACAAGCUAAGGACAAUGAAGACUGCACUUUUGGUCAGUAUAGUCAUUUGGCUGAAAGAAUUAAUGACCAGUUACUUAUUCUUCUCACAUGGAGAAUUCACCAAAGAUCCUGAAAGCCAUAUUAUCUGCUUUGAACAUUAUCCUAUGAAACCCUGGGAGCACAGCAUUAAUUACUAUCGCUUCUUUGUUGGGUUCCUUUUUCCAAUCUUUUUGCUUGGUUUUUCCUAUUGCUGUAUAUUUAAAGUAGUGCGCCACAGUCAAGGAACACAAAGAAAGUUAAAAAUUCAAGUCAGACAACUUGUUCUAAGCACUGUUAUAAUUUUCCUGGUCUGCUUUGGACCAUACCAUGUCUUGGUGGUCAUCCGAAGCAUGUUUGAGAAAAACUGUGUAUUUGCUGCCAGAAUAUUUAACGUCUAUCACUUCUCUUUGCUGUUAACCAGCUUCAACUGUGUGGCAGACCCAGUUCUGUAUUGUUUUGCCAGUGAAAACACCUACAGAGACUUCUUAAAGUUGAAAGAUACUUGCAUUACAUGCACAAGAUAUCUCAAGAUUGGAAAAAAGGCCAAUAAACAACCAAUAAACAGUCUAGAACAGACCGACAUCAACACAAAACAGAUCCCUUCAGAGCAUGAAGCUGUUGUAUUGUAUGAACAGAAGGUUUCAAGCAUUGCUUGUACUGAAAAUGGAGCAGAUGAAUCCCCUACCUGCAGUCUGUAGCACCUUCAGAAAUAUCUGUCUGUUCUCCUCUUAAAUAAGGAUGUAAA